ACGUUCAGAGUAAAAAAAUUUUGAUAGAGUUGCCGUCUCUCUAUGCCGAUCUCUAUCAAUCCCCUAUGCCGAUCUUCAUAUUCUUUCGUUGUGCGUUAGAGGUAGGACGUGUUUAAAAUUUUAUCUACGGAGUGUGUACAAAAUGGGAAAAAGGAAAAGGGAAAGUGUAGACAUCGAAUUACUGCAAAAGAAAUUUAAGAUUCUGCAGGAUCAGAUGAAGAAAUUGCAGGAGGAUAAGGGUGAAGAGACCGAGUCAGAGAAUGAAGGAAGCCCGGUAACAGUUGAGGAACAUGUGAACAUGGCGUCGGAUAGUGACCAAGAUAGUGAUGAAAAAGAAAAUGCACGGCCUGUAAAGCAUGUGCAAGAUGUGGUACAGGAAGAGGAAAAAGAAAUACCAAUUGGGGAAGAUCUAGCUGAGAUUUUGGGCGAAGAUCCGUUGGCUUCGAAAGCACUAGAUUUGAGAGUUCACUCUUCGGUUCUUAACAGAUGGGCAUAUUGGUCUACAAAUGGUCUAGAAAAGGAGGAAAAGGAGAAAUUAAUGAAAAAAUACAAAAGCCCAAAGGGUUUAGAGGCACCAGAGGUUAACCCAGAAAUAGCACUUAAACUACCAGGCCAUUCCAAGUCCAGGGACACACAUAUGCGUCAAAGACAACAGAUGGCCGGUGGUGCUCUGACUUGUCUGGGAGCUGCCAUGACCUCUUUAAUAGAGGAAGAAGAUAGCAUCGAUAAGGCACAGAUGAUGGAGAGACUGCACGAUGCUGGCAGAUUGAUGGUGGAACUAUUGCAUAGUCAGACCAGGUCAAGGAUAGCUUUGAUUUUAGCUGGUGUCGACAGGGACACACGGUCAAUGUUGGAAAGCACCAAACCUGAUGUUUUCCUGUUUGGUAAGAACCUUGCUGACAAGGUUCGAGAGGCUAGGACCAUGGAAAAAGUUGCAAAUUCAAUAAAGAAGCAGUCAAGUCAUACGAAUCAGAGAUCGUUGUCGGCAAAGACGAAUUUAAACUCCUUCAGCCUGCAAGGGAGGAGGCCAAGCCCCUACCAGGCAGGCUAUCGAAACUCUCAAGGAGGCCAAUACAGGCAAAGGCUUGCCUUCAGAAACAAGCCACAAAAUCAGCCGUUCAACCGAAAUGCACGAUUCCAGAGGAACGACAGACCCAGGAACCAGAACCGGAUGAGAUAA